AUGACGCCGUUCCCGCUGUGGACGCUGAUGGCCGCGGCCGCGGUGCUGGCGCACGCGGCGCUCGGCGGCGGCCGCGGGGCCAGCGCACAGUCCCUGUGCGACACGCCGCAAUGCGAGUGCGAUGAGGCGCAGACGCGGGUCCGGUGCGAUUGCCGGAGAGUGCCGCAGGAAUCGCAGGUACGAAUCAUACGACGGUGUACCGAACAGCGUCGACCGCCGUGCGUGAGGGGGGGAGGGGAGGGGGGAGAAUGCCGGCGAACGCGCGAACAAGGCCCGUCGAGAGAGAGACGUCCGCCCCCGGCUCCCGUAAAUCACGCGUGACGCGAGCGAAUAAACGAUAAUAUUGUAAUUAUUGUCGUUGUACCGCGGCGGGAAAAAACUUUUCCCGGGCGCUUUUCCCCGACGGGGAACAGGUGCUCGGGUUUUUUUUUUUUUUUUUCGUCGACGGCGACGAAGGCGCGUUCUCCCUCAACCCCCCCCCCCCCCCACCCGGUCGCUUCUUAUUAUUAUUAUUAUAAUAAUAUUUUCGAAAUUGCCAUUUAAAUGCGUUCGGUCCCUCCGCCGCCGGUCUUUUUUCGGAAUCGGGCGUGUCGUAACGCACAGUUGACGAUAAUUUCAACGUAACGCUACACAAAUUACUUUUUCGCGUGUUUCGCGUAUAAGCGCCGCGCGCCGGUAACCUUUUCCGAAAAGAGAAAAAAUAAUGUAUACGUAUCCGUAUAAACAGAGAAAAAAAAAAAAGUGUCGCCUCGGUUUUUUUUUUUUUAUUAUUAUUAUUUAUUUUUAUUAUAUUUUUUUUCACCCUCCACCAAGCUGGUUUUUUUAUUUAAGAUUCGCCUAGAUUUCGUUACAUUAAUAAUAAUAAUAAUACAAAUGAGAGGGGGAAGCGGUUAUUUAUACGUAGUAAUAUUUUUUUUUUUUUUAAAAAAAAAAAAGCACUGCCGCUCUCUCGGUGCUUAUUUUAAUGACAGGUUUUUCGGUUCAACAAAUUUAUAUAUUAUAUAACACGUAUUUUUUUACUUUUAUUUUCGCCUAAAGAAACGAGUCGAGAGCGGAGACGCGGCGGCGACACGAUGAUUAUCCGAUGGCGAUUAAUUAACGAGAAGAGAAAUGGGCGCGUCGAAGAGAGUGAAAAAAUCGUGCACAAAGAGUAUAAUAAAUAUUGGGGGGGAAGGUGGAUGUAACGCGGGCCGCGAUGGGAGGUGGGGGGAGGUGGGUGAAGAUCGAUCGGGACAAAAGCCCGGGACGCGAACAAAAUAAGAGGAGCGCGCUCGGGUCACUUUUAAAAAUCCUCAAUGAUGUAGAGCCCGACGCGUAUUUUCGGUGUACACAACUGCAACACGCAUAUGUCAUUGUUAGCGAGCGUCGCUGUCGAAGUAUUGCGAAGAGAGAGAACACCCCCCCCCCCCCGUAAAAAAUAGAAACGUUAAAACGCGCGCCGUUAAAACCGCAGACACCCGGACACUAUGCGACAUUACCCGGAACGUGCAGACGGUCCGCGGGAGGGAUCGCGUAUUGCAGUCACGAGUCACGCGUAUACGCGGGGCGAGCCGGUAACGUCCGUACACACCCGUGUGCACAGGUAAUGAUAUUCGCGCGCGCGUUUUGCGGCGACGGCGGCGUUUGCAACGGCCGCAAAGAAAAUCGGAUAAAUACGGGGUGAUACCGGCAGAGACCGCCAAAGGUUUCAAAAGGGAACCGGCGACACGAUCGUGUUUCGCGACAAACUCCCCCCCUCCGUGUGUGUCUGUGUGUGUGUAUGCCGGACCCGAAACUCUGGGAAUUAUCCGCGCGGUGACCGUCGCCCCGCUGCGCUGCGCCGCGUACCCGUCGGUCGGCCGAUCGGCCGUCGGGGCUCCCGCGCCGAAACAGCGGCACUUAGCCGCGGCGUGUUUUUGUUGUGCGAAACUUUUGCGCCGCGCGCGCCUACGCCUCUAAUCCAAAACAUCGAGAACUCCGCGUACGGCACACUCGCAUUGUGUACGGUACCGUGCGCCGGGUACAGAGAACCCCCGGAGUCGACAAAAGGGAUCGGAGGGGAGGGGGCGGUGGACGGGAGAGGGGGGAGCACCGGAUUUAAUCCUUUCGCGGUAUCCACGCGGUCCAUUGUUGUUUUUCUUGACCGUAGUCGCGGUAUAGCUGCGUGUAGACGGUACGCACACACACAUAUAUAUAUAUGUAUACAUUAUAGUACGGCGACCGCGACCGUAAUUGUAUACACCGUGACGACCGGCACACGAGCAUAAACGAUAAUUUAUUAUACCGACGUGUACACGCGACCGCGGCACCUGAUCGCGGGCCCUAAAACACGUGUCGUCGAAAUAUGAAUUCCGUCGCGCGCGCGCUGUACCGGUUACACGUACUAACGAAUCCGUUUUGUUUUUUUUUAUUUUUUUUUUUUCGCAGAAACUCGUGCUGAAAGCUCAAGGACCGGGCCACGUGCCUCGGGUGGCCAACAACGUGGACGUGGCGCAUUGCGACCAGGUCCGCGUGUCCAAUAUGGCGUUUGACGGAGCAGAGACGCUGUUUACGGUGGCCAUAGAUUCGGUGGGCCGACUGGAAAUGGCGGACGAGGCGUUCGGGUGGUCGGAAAACGGCGGCGGCGGUCCGGGUCAACAGCACCACCAGCACCGGGGACUGACCAUCACCAUAACCAACGUUACGACCGUACCGGAGGUGCCCAGCUGGACGUUCCGCGGCCGGCUCCAUUCGAUAACGUUCGACCGGGUCCGAAUCGACGCGAUCCGGCCGUUCGCGUUCGGCAGCCUGACGGGAACCGUGAGCCGAAUCGAGUUCCGGGACACGGUGUUCGGGCAAGUCGAACAGCAGGCGUUCAAAAAAUUCACCGUCAACGAGUUCGUACUGAAGCGGUGCCGUUUCGAGCAUCCGGUGCCCAGUCGCACACUCACCGAGCUCACCGUGCACGAUGAGCUCCGGCUGGAGGACGUGGUGUUCUCCACGAUCCGGGGCUUAGCGUUCCGCGUGCACGGGCCUAAGGUGUUCCGGUUACAAAACAGCAAGGCGGACUGCGUGCAAUCGGACGCGUUCGAGAUCCGGUGCCGCGGGCCCGCGUUCGUCGAGGACAACGCGUUCGGCCGGCUAGAGCGAGGAGCGUUCGCGGCCAUUACCUUGGACGCGCACAAAGUGGCUGAGUCCGACUAUCAAGAGUUUGUGUUCGAGAACAACACGGUAACCGAGUUCGAAAACGACGCCCUCGUGUUCAAUACUAAUGGGUUCCGGCCGCGCGUGGAAUGGCUGAUCGUGGGCAAGGAAUGCGGCUGUCCGGCAAGGUGGCUCACCGAUCUAGUAGUUUUAGCCACGAAUUACCCGAAAAACGUUCAGCGGCCCGCGUGGAUUGUCCAACAGGCCACGUGGUGCGCGGUGCCGGACGACGGCACCGGGCGGUUGAUCAAGGCACAACAGUACGACGAGGAGCACUGCGGCGGCGGUGCGAACGCCACCGGACUGGGCCGUUUCCACUUUACCGGCGGCGUGGCCGUGAUCGCCGUAAUCGCCCUGACGGCCGCGCUCGUUUACUGGGUGUGGUACAGAAAGCGCAAACGGAUCCAGUGGACCAACGUGCCGGCCUCGUCGCCGCUACAGAAAACCCGUUCGAUACUCAGGGGCGGCAGGGACGACGGCGACGAGGAUGGCGGCGACAAUAAGCACAGACAGAUGGUCAUGCCCGAGGGAAAGACUUACAGAGAGACCGAGUUGCACGUGAUCGUGGAGCGCACGGGUAACGCGGACUGCAAUCACCAAUCGUACAGGUCGACGACUAAUUACCGCCAGCAGAGACAUACCGAACAGCUACCGUUGACCAGCGAUUUGUAA